AUGGAGGGCCUGGACAGCCCACUCCUUGAGCAGCAGCAUGGGGCGUCCCAGUUGGCCCUGAUCCUGAACUUGAUCAAUGCUACUCUGGGCUGUGGCAUCCUCAGUCUCCCCUGGGCGACUGCGGGCGCAUCUCUCGUGCCUGCAGCCAUGCUCACCCUGGUGGUGUUGGCAGCGAACGUCGGGACAAACCUUAUUUUGGUGUAUGCGGCGGAGAAAGAGCAGGUCUUCGAUCUCGGCGGCCUGCUUGGGCGCCUCCCUCAUGCUGGCCGAGCUGCCCGCGCUCUGUGCGAAGCGAUGAUUUGGAUCACGGUCUUCAUGUGCUUGGUCGGGUACCUGGUGGUCAUCGCCGACAGUCUCCAACGCCUCCUGCCCUUAGAGCGUUACUUCGCAGUCUUCGCAGGUGCUGCGGUCGUUCUGCCUCUCUGCUUCAUGGAUCAACAGCACCUUGCCUUCUCAUCCACUCUGAGCAUCGCUGCGAACCUUUACGUGUGCUGCGUGUUGGUUGCAGCCUUUUCCCUGGGCUGGAGGGGAGACCCCGGGAAGUUCGAGGAUGUGGAGGAUUGCUGCUUGCUGGGAUUUGGGCGAGGAGACUUGGCUAUGGUCAGCGUUCUCAUGCAAGCUGCCGUAGUACAGAUGUGUAUAUUGCCAAUGUACGAGCAAAUGGAUCACAGAAGCCCACGCCGGUUCGCGGCAUGCCUGGGCAUUAGCUUUGGCUUUGUGGCUUUGCUUUUCAUUGGCUUCUCUGGCAUUGCCUACAUCGCUAUCGGUCCCAAAGUCUCUUCAAACGUCCUCCUCGACUUGCCACAUGGGCCGUUCGGAAGCUUUGCUCGGGUGGUCAUGGCUUUUGCCGUGAUCGGGGUGUAUCCGAUUCUGACUUCGUCUAUGGUGGCACCCAUUCGGCACCAACAGUCUGGCCCAUGGCAGUCCGCCACUGUGGGCAUCGUCGCCUGCAGCGCUGUGGUGGCCUGUGUCACGACAGACCUGGGUGAGGUGAAUGUGAUCAGCGGGGCCUGCCAAGCCGCUGUGUUUGUGGCCUUGGCGCCUGCCUUGGUGGGCCUAUGCUUGCUGGAGCAGUCUAGCAGGCUCUGGAGAUUCUCUAUGGCAUUGCUGAUCUGCGUGGGGUUGAUGGUGUGCGUUGCCGGUCUCGUGUUCACCGAUAACUAUGUACCUGAGAUGGAGGCGACAAGCCAGCUGCCUGUGGACGGCAAGCUUGGUGAAAUAAAUCUCGCAAGAAUGCCUGCGCUGCUCUUCUUGAUAGUACACAUGGAGAAGAGAAUGGUCUGCAUGCCUGCAGUAGCCAUUUGGGCUCAAAGCUCAGCUGGGUGGGCUGACUCGCCAAUACUCUCCCAGUCUGGAGAUAGAGAGAGUGCAAUGAUGCUCGCAUUGUUUGCCAUGCUUCCAGGGUGCUUGGCAUCGCCCGGUGAGUACUGGGCCUUAGCUUCUCCGGCCGUGCGGAAGGCACGAGCUCUGCAAGGGCUUGAAGCUGGCAAGGCCUUGGGAGGGCGCAGGCUUAGCACCGAGAACAACUCUGAGACUGGGAGCCUGGAACCUGUGUGGUGUGGACAGGAGAAGUACAAUGGUGCCGCGGGGCAGAUGUGGUACGCCAAUCCCUUCAUCACGGCCUGCAGCCGAGCCUCCAUGGACCUCGUUUAUGUCGAUGGAGGCCGAGCGCGGGUGGCCAAGAAAGGCGGUUUCAUCAAGAUGACCUGCGACAAUUGGGAGUGCCCCAUCCCACCGGUCGUGGAUUGCUACUUGGAUCGCAAUGCCUGCAAAGAGGAUGAGUGGUGCAUGCUCAUCACGCAUGAGAAGUGGGGUGCUUGGGCCAUGGGCAAGAAGGGGCACACUCCCAACUUCGAGCUGUGCGGCGAAAAGUACUAUGCGGAAAUCGAAGCGAUUGCAUCCCAGGGCAGUGUCCGCAACGUCACCGUGGAAGCCUUGAAGUUGACCCGGGACAGGAUUUGUGGCAGCUCGACGGUCGGGGUGGCCAACGGCAUCCAGCUUGAGGAGGGCUACUCUGAGACGCACCUGUGGAAGAGCUCUCACGGUCGCUGUGUCAAGUAUCGCCAGGAAGGUCAGAGCUGUAUCCCCACCCUGGCUACGCAUGGACGCUUUGCCAACGCCUUCGUGCGGCGAGCCCAGACCGGGGCAUCGUACCCCAACGGGGGCACCAUGGAACGGCCGCUUGCCUGUGCACCUGGUCUGGUUUGCACGGGACCGGACUUUGAUGUGUUGCCCUCCACCUGCGUCAAAGAGCGGCCCCGAGACGUGUGCUAUGCUGGACCCUGGUGGGACAGCUCCCGCUGCCCACGCACCUCCAUGCAAAGGUCGGGCAUGAGCACAGAGUGGGCGCUAGAGUCUCUACAGACCGCCUUCCUGGUUUUCCCAGGUGACGUUGCCUCCGCGAUGCACUGCAGGUACUGGACGGGUCCUAUGGCCACCUUCACUGCCGAAGUCAGGAAGGUGACGCACAACAUCUUCAAGGCUCUGUGGCCUUCGCAUCUGGUUGGCGAGUGCCCGACGCUGGAGGAACUUUAUGCCAGCAUGUGGCGCCAGACCGGUGUCGACUUGACAGCCUUGAGUCCGGAGGAGUGCGAGGCUGGCGAGGGCACGGAUGGCCGCAUUGCAGAGGCACUGGCUCUCGUGGGGUCCUGGACUCAUCGCCCGAACCUACUGUGGAGCCUCAUCCACUUUUCGAUGCACAAUCAGCCCUCCCCGAUGUCCAGGAAUGCUGUGGCAGCAUCGACAGCCUUGGCAAGCCACCUGUCGGAAAAUUUUUGGUGCAACGACUGCCGUGGCUUCUUUACGGUUGGCGUCCUAUCGGUCGUCGGCCUGCCACCCCAGAAUCCGGAUGGAGCGGAGCAUGCGAGGUACUGGAACCUUGGCCACAACAUCGCUUCCGAGCACGUCGCGACCACCCGAGGCGGCCACCCCUGGAUCAACACACUGGAGGAGGCGCAGGACGCCGACGUCGGGAACCCCUUCUUCGUCCCGUACGAGACUUCUGUGAAGAUGUGGCAUGUGGGCUCCGCUUCUGACCUUGCAAAGAAGACCUGGCCCCGAGCAGAGAAUGCGGAGACGAUGGCAGCGGAAGCAAUGCCCAGCCAUGGUGGAUGGUGGGUGGUUGGGAUUUGGGCAGCAGCAGCAGUACUGGCAAAUGGCCUCGAUGACGCUGAGGUAGAGGCUUGUGUGCUGAACCUGCCGCACUGUAUUCGUGUGUUAACUGAUGCUGACGAGGCUAGCCAGGAAAAGCUGACAGCGCAGCUUUUACAACAUUGGCUUCAACGAGUAUCUGCCUAUGAUGCUGACAUGGAGCAACCCAGCUCACUUCGCUCCGAAGCAUUGCGAACGCUACUGGACCUGGCCGCCGCGACAGACUUGCAUCCACGCUUAGCACUUGGCCUGGGCCAAGCACUGCAUUCCUUUUUCUGGUGGGGGCUUCAGCCACAAGAAGUGGGGCUUGCGAGCCUUGCGAGCCCCAGUGUUCAGGUCAUGCGGGAGUCUCUCACUCUCCAUGAAAGAGCACUGGCCAUUGCAGGCUGCGACCUCAUCGACUUGGAGCUUGAAGAGUUCCUCCUAAGGAAGUGUCCUUGGAGAUGGCGCUUUACCUUCCUCAUCGGAUCGGAGCUUGGGCUGGAGCUUGCCCGAGGCAGCCAGGACUUCAAAGCGGCUUCGGAGACCUUCGACCAUGUGGCCCGUCGGUUUGCAGAACUGCAGCGGCUUCCCUUCUUCGUCGGGAAAAGCGCCAGCCCAAUGCGACUGAAUCAGAAUGCUGACUUCUUCCCAACAGCUCGGCACUGGCCGAUCUUGGCACGGGAACAUUGGCCGGACUUCGCCACCUUCAUCGAGAGGCACUACGCGACCUUCCGGUCCAGCCUCGAGGCUCUCUUGGAGGAAGAUCCUGACGGCGCCCAUUUCGGCGCAGCAGCACGGUUUCAGAGCGGUCUGACGCCGAGGAAGGAGGAUUGGACCAGGAUCAAGCUCAUUCACAGCGGAGGAGAGUCCGAUUUGUGCCGCUUGCCCUUCCUUCAGCCCAGCUGUGCGCUGCUGGCACAAAGACCAGAAAUCGGACCAGCCUGUGGAACCUACUUGUCGGGCGCCUCGUUUGCCCGCCUGCUACCGGGAGCCCAGCUCAAGCCACACUUCGGCACGCACCCGCGGCUCACGCUGCACCUGGGACUCCGUGCACCAAGCGGUGCGACCUUGACAGUGGCUGGGCAGGAGGUAUCAUGGAGCGACGGCAAAGUCAUCAUCUUUGAUGACACCUACAUGCACAAGGUUCAGCACCGAGGGGACGAAGCGCGCUACAUUCUGGUGGCUUGGUUCUGCCAUCCUUGUGACCGUGGGUGGCGCGAGGAUCGAGGUGGACAGUGGCUCCAAUCCAACCCCUUGCCAGAAUGGUGUGGUGCUGGUGGUCCAGGCUACAAGGACCCUCCGGUGCCAGGCUACUCCGAGCAGUUCUGA